CGGAAGGGCUCCGGCUGUCCCAACAACUUCUUCACGUCUUGGUCAACUUGCCAGUCUGCUUCCUACUUCCACAAUACCCGUCUCAGCUGAAAACAUCCCAGACAAAACACCAUGGCUUACUCCAGACUCCUCACUCCCCGCAACAUGACUUUGGUCUCUUUGGCUUCACUCGGCAGUGGCUACUUCAUUCUCAAGUCAAAGGCGCUCGCCGACAAGCAGAGAGACCGUGCUGCAGGCGACUAUACUGUCACAGUCGAUAGGUCAGGAGGCGGUGUCUGAGCACGUCGACAAUCUAGCGUCGACUGCCAUGUGGCAGCUCCAGCAUAUGACCAGCGGUGUGCAGCCUUUUCUUUCACAAUGCAAUGGCCUUCAUCAUGUUUGCAGCGUUCCAAGCUUAGCGCCUUUCUUUACCACACCAAACACCAUCAGCGGUUCCCAAUCCGCACCGAAGCGACACUCGUUCGUACACUUGUAUGCUACUGCCAAAAAGAGGGCAUUAAUAGAUCUACAGCGUAUCCUGUCUCAAGUGAUGCAUACCAAGCGCAUGGUACCUGCAGGAUGAUCUCCGUACCCGAUGUACUUUUAUCCAGCGCGCAACAACACCAACAACAGUAUUUCAUACGAAGAAUGUGCCUGUACCUCCC